CUACAGCACCGGGAAGCGCUCCCUCCCGCCCGCAGGGGGGCGGGUCGAGGUGGCCGCAGGGAUCGACGUCCCGGGACUCCACUGGAGCAGAGGGUGCUCGCUGCCUGCUGACUUGUGGGGGCUCCUUGGAAAGCGGUUGACAACGGGGACUCGAGGGCCACGGAGUCCCCGAGCUGUGCGCGAGCCCUGAGCCGGGGGAGGGUCGUCCACAGAAUCUCUGCCCGCACCUUGUCCUACCGGAGUCAUUACUUGGCCCGAGACGCCUUGGGGUGGGAAGGACGGUUCUCACUGGCCUCUGAUUUGGCAUCCUGAAGAGUUUGAGUUGGCGACUCUUCAUACAGGAAGUUACUGCGGUGGGACAGGGCCAGGACUUUCUUAGGGAACCCCUGAAGUGCAGAAGCCCCGUCGCCAGGCCUCAAGCCUAACUACUGAGAAGAUGGUGGACCACUUGGCAAACACAGAGAUCAACAGCCAGCGGAUUGCAGCAGUGGAGAGCUGUUUCGGGGCAUCAGGGCAGCCGCUGGCCCUGCCGGGCCGUGUGCUCCUGGGCGAGGGGGUGCUGACCAAGGAGUGCCGCAAGAAGGCCAAGCCACGCAUCUUCUUCCUCUUCAAUGACAUCCUGGUGUACGGCAGUAUUGUGCUUAGCAAACGCAAGUACCGCAGCCAACAUAUUAUCCCCCUGGAAGAGGUAACAUUGGAGACGCUGCCAGAGACCCUGCAGGCCAAGAACCGCUGGAUGAUCAAGACAGCCAAAAAGUCCUUUGUGGUGUCGGCAGCCUCCACCACGGAGCGCCAGGAGUGGAUCAGCCACAUUGAAGAGUGUGUACGGAGGCAGCUGUUGGCCACGGGCCGCCAGCCCACCACUGAGCACGCAGCGCCCUGGAUCCCUGACAAGGCCACGGACAUCUGCAUGCGCUGCACACAGACACGCUUCUCGGCGCUCACCCGGCGUCACCACUGCCGCAAAUGUGGUUUUGUGGUCUGUGCUGAGUGUUCCAAGGAGCGUUUCCUGCUGCCGCGUCUCUCCCCGAAACCUCUCCGUGUCUGCAGCCUCUGUUACCGAGAGCUAGCUGCCCAGAAGCGGAGCGAGGAGGCCAAGGAGAGGUGCGGGGACUCUCUCGGGCAGCCAACCCACCUAGGCGGCGCCGUCUGCGGUGCGUCCAGUGGCGAUGACGAUGACUCCGAUGAGGACAGAGAAGGCAAUGGGGAUGGCGACUGGCCCAGCCAGGUGGAGUUCUACGCUUCUGGUGUCUCCUGGUCAGCCUUCCACAGUUGACCCUCACCUUCAGAGUGUCUGCAUCAAGCCAGUCCAUUGCCCAGGGCCCCAAGAGUACAGGUCCUGAACUCCGAUUUUUGCUGCCCUGCCCAUGGUAGUAGUGGGCAUGUGACAGUGGCUGUUCCAGAGCCAUUACCAGUGCCUUUCUGCUAGACAACAACCUCCUGCCGUCUUCUACUUCUGGUCAGAGAAUUGUCUUUCCAUUUCACAAGGCCCAGAACAUGUAGCCCUUGGUGACCAGGCUACAGAUCUAGCCCUUGGGGUUAGACCAGGCCAGGUAUCCCAAGCAUUAAAAGACCAAGGUUGAAGAGAGCAAAGGGAAGACCAAACCAGAGUUGGGGUCCACUCCACUCUGAAGCUUGAGCUUCAGACCCCGUUCCCACCUCUGCCCCUUAACAGGCAUAGCCAUGCCAGGCCUGGACACUUUCCACCAUGCAAAUAGCACCACCUGGCCACCGGGUCCUGCCAAGCUGGACCCCAGAUGCACUGUGUGUGCCCUCUGGGCCCAGGUGAGCUUUACCCUGAGCUUCCCCCAACCCAGGGCCACCCAUCAAGGUCUCAUCUGGUGCCUGUUUGUCCUGCCCCUAUCUCUAUCUGCAGUCAGUAGAAGUGAUGUUUUCCCUUAGGACUCUGGUUUCAAGGACAGAAACCCUAUCCAGACUGACUUACCAAUAAAAAAAAAAAAACAAAUCUUGAUUGCUAAUUCUAAGAGUACCCUAGCUUCAGACACUGCUCAACCGAGGGACUAGGGACAACCAUCACUGAUACUGCCACACUGGGCAUCCCUGGAAAUGCCUCCCACCCAGUAAGACAUUCAUGCCACACUGUGUCUGGCUGCCCAAGAACAAAGCCCCAUUCUGUUAUUCUGAUAGCCAGCCUGCCUUCCUGCCUGCCUGCCUUUUCUUUUGAGACAGAGACUUGCUACAUAGGGCUGAUUUAAACUUGAGAUCCUCUGGCCUCAGCCUCCCUGGUGCUGGGCUUACCAGCGUGUACCACUACACCUGGUUUAUUGGUGUGAGCUAUCUAAAUGGGUGGUAAAGGAAACAAGGUAUUUGUCUGUCUCAGCCUGAUCCUUCUGGAAUGAAAAGACUUGCCUAUGUAGUCUCUGGCUCAGCCCCGGCAGACGGUGCCUAUGAUUUGGAGAGCGAGCCGCUAGCUUUGUGUGUAGACUAGAGAGCUUCACAGGGCCCUUCGGAAGCCAUCUUUAAAGCUCUGCAUGGCAAUUCAUGCCUGUGAUUCCAGGGCUCAAAGAGCCUGGAUUGUGAGUCUGAGGCCAGCCCUAGCUACCUAAAAUCCCUGUCUUGAGAAACCAUGCUUUCCCCAGCUAUUUACGACUCGGUACCUGGCUAUCCUUGAAUGGAGUCCCUGUGUAUAGAGUGUGGUCACUGUCAGCUGUAUGUGGGACUUUGGAGCUAAGAAAGCUUCCUCCGACUCUCAUACAGUGAAUCCCUAUUAUUGGUGGGCUCCAUUCCCCCAAUACAAUAUUGUCUUUGUCCAUGUUCUGAUUCUGUAGGUUAGGUUCAGAUUCCAAAGUCUGCAGUUGACAGACAUGUGGCCACUCUUCAAAGAGUGCUGGAGGGGUAGACUAUGGAGCGCCCAGGAGCUGCCUAUGACCUCUCCUGUCCUGGCACUGACAGGCUGGGAAGGACUGGGGAUGUGUUUGUUUGCAGCCCUUUCCCUUUGUGGCCUCUGUCGGCCACACAGACUGGUUCAGGCUGCUUCUCCUGUUUGGGCACAGGGCCAGACAGGUUCCUAGGUGAAGAGCAGCUUCCUGAAGCUAGGUCUGGUGUCUUCUCAGAAGUCCAGACUGGGCAGCCACAUCGCUUCCACCCAUGGCUGGUGACUCACAAACCUCACUCAUUCCCUUGGAACCUUCUUUUCCUGGAAACUCUCAGAGUAUCCCCCACUGCUGAAGCAUAGAGGGGAACAAACUACAGGGAUGAAGGCCUUGAAAUAAGAUGUGUAAGAAAACAAAAUGCUGAGCCUUUGUGGAAGAGGAGACCUGUGCCCUGGUCACUGUAGCCGCCAUUGUACAGGCUCCUCAGCAAACAAAACAUCUGGGGGUGACCCUGUUCAAUCUGGUGGUCAGCAUACACUUGGGCAUGAUUAUCCUAGCGAUAGUCACAACAGCCGAUAUGGAGCUAGCCUGGGUGUCCGUCAGCACGUGAACAGAUAAAGAUAAUGUCCCGUACACUGGAGAUGUAUCCAGACACCAAGGAGAAGGACAUCGUGUCAUUUGCGGAGAAAUGGAUAGAACUGGAGAUUGCCAUGUGACACCAAACAAGCCAGACUCAAAGAUCGCAUGUUUUCUCUCACAGGCAGUGUCUUAAUUUUUAAGGAAAAGAUAUGAAUGUAGAAGGUACUAUUUAAGAAGAGAGAGGGAGCCAGGGAGGGGGCAAGAGAGAGAAAUGGGGUGAAUAUAAUCAAAGUGUUUGAUGAGGAUGUAUAGACAAAACAAAACAAAGUAAAAAGCUAGCAUGUGCCCAUAGAACGGAGCCUGGGGAGUGAAAGAACCACGGAGGAGAUCAUCCUCAGUCCCUUACUGAGGCACUGUGGUCAGCCAGGCUGGGAUCCAGGCUUGCAAACAUGGUAUUGAAGCUGUUCUCAGAGACGGGCCUGCCUGGGGAGUAGGUGCAGCCUCAUGCCGUUGCCCAGCCACCCAGACAUGUGCCGGUCACACUUGGGACUUCCAGCUAAGGUGCUGAGGGCUACGUCAAGGCUAUACUGCUGACCUUUGCCCCUGGCCACCAGCCUACCCAGGAACUUAGGGGUUCUCAGAAUGGACUUAAGCAUCUCAGCUCCUUGCCAGUGACUUAUUUACCCAGUAAUGAACUGAAGGCCAACAGGAUCUGAGAGCUAUGUCUGAUGGGUGGGGGCCAGGCUUCACACUCUUGCCCGUGGCUCUGUUCACAAGGCCUGGCAAGGGCUCAGGAACCCACUGUCCUGCCAGCUGAGUCUCCCUGGAAUGCGUCCUCCCAGCUGUGUGAAUACUGUCCCUGCCAGGAACAUGUGAUUCUCUGGCAGCAUUUAGUCCUUGGGAGGGGGUCUGCCUUGCUUGUCCUGGAAAGAGAGAGAGAGAGAGAGAGUGAGAGAGAGAGAGGUGCUCUGAGGCCAGGACCCUGCAGUGCAGCGUGGGAACUUGCGCCUCAGCGUUGUCUGAGGCAGCUGUGCAGAGUCCAGCCCGAUGGUGUUCUGAGGCAGGCGUAAGGUUGCAGCUGGGGCCCAGUGCAUCAGGACAGGCGGCUCUUGCAGGUCAAUGGGGUCCAGUCUUUGCACAGGAUUCAGAUACCAGGAGAGGCCGUGCAAGGGACAUGGUUAGGGGUCCUAGCCUAUGCCUUGGCCGUGGGACUUCUCGGUGCCACAUUUUCUCAAAGGAGAACUUUGCCACUUACAGAAAACUAAUGACAUCCAAAUGUAAUCUGCCCAGGUGGGGAGGAAGGCAGGGGAUCCUGGGGCCCCAGGAAUGUUGUCCCUGUGAUAAUGAGGGUGAAUGCUGGUGCCCACUUACUAAAGUCUAUCUGUGCUCCAUGUCGAGACAAAGAGAGGUCACACAAAGUCUUCUUGAGGCUCAAAAAGGAUGGCCUAAAAGACUUCCUGGGAAAGGAGGCAUUUGUUGGCACCUCAGAAUAAGGGGCCUCCACAGGCUUUCCCUUGGUAUCCCUGAGGACUGGGAUACCGAUUCUUAGCUAUUUUGUUAAAUUUUCUUUUGUGGUUGGGCAUAGUGGUACAUACCUUUAAUCCCAGCACUUGGAAAGCAGAGGUAGGUGGAUCUCUGAGU